AUGAACGGUACUCAUUACGACACAAAAGAUAACAACUUAAGUGACAACAUGCAUGACGAUUUUUUAAACUACCCCAAUUUUAAGAAAUUCAUUAACAGUAAUAAUAAUAGUGAUCAUGAAAAUUUCGAGGAGUCCAGAAAGUACAUACACAGAGAGAUAACCAAAACACUUAAUGCAAAUUCGGUGAAGGUAUGCAGAAAUAAUGAUGAACGAAUUUUGCCAGGGAAUACGUCUAAUAAAUUGUUCUUAAAAGGUAUGGAAAAUAAGAGUACCCGAAAGGACUUUUCCUAUAGUGGUAAAAAUGACUCAGGGUUCAAGGGGAAUGCGAACCUGAACAAGUUUGUACAUUGCAGUAGUAGUAGUAGUAGCGGUAGGAGGAGCAACGAGGAGUGUGGCCUUAGUAGUCAAACAGGGCACAGCAGUAUUUUACACCCACGCAGCACCAGGAGUAUGAAGAAUUUUAGCCAUGCAAGCAAUCAGAGUGGAGUGAACAGUGUGACAUAUUCUAACAAUGCGAACCAUCUAGGCAGCCUUAGUGUAAACCAUGUUGGGGACCCGAAGCAGCCCGGCAGCACGAGCAGUCACCGUGCAGGAAGUGUAAAGGGAAAAUUGGGAACAGGACCUUCUCCAUCAUCACAAUUUUUUCAUGGCACUUCUUCGAACGAUUUAAGUGAUAACAAUAACCAUCAUCCCUGUUCGAUUAACUAUAUGAAGAAAAUCGAAAUGAACAAUGAAGAUAUGGAUCGAAUAAACGAAGCAUUAUUAUUAAAAGAAAAAAAAAAUAUAUUAAAACAUGAAUUUCUUUUCUCGGAACCACGAUGUAACACUGCUCUCGAAGAGGGAGAUAACAAGCCCGCUCUAAUUUUAGAUAAUUUUAUGUUUGAAAAUGAAGAUAAGUUAGGUUAUGUGCGAAGUAGCAGUAUGAAUAACCAUACUUACGAUUUAGCGAAAAGCAAUGGCAACACGGAGGACGUUAAAUUGGGUGCUUUCACCUCUAACGAGUUUGGUUUGGUGCCUAUCAAGGGGGAGGAUAUAAAGAAGAAAAAAGGAAAGAAAAAGGAAAAAUUGAAGCUUAAGGAAGGUGAGAAAACGACAGAGGGCGAAAAGUUGGGAGAAGGUGACAAUGCAAGAGUAAGCGAAAAGGGGAAAAGAGGAGAACAGGAAAAUGGGCAACAUGGCGAGCAUGAAAACAUUGCACAUUUUAUUAAGCAGCAAAUUUUGGAAAAUGCAAAAAUCGAAAGGGGUGCAUUUGGCGACCCUUUCAAGAAUAAUGGUUUUUUCCCCAACUCUCAUGGCAACAGUGUUGGUGUUCCCCUUGACAAUAACAGCGCCAGCAUGAAAAUGGGAAGUGUAGUUGGCGCCAUGCACGCGCAUAGAUACGAAGCAAAAAAGCAGAUACCGGGGUUCCAAAAAAGAAUGAGCGAAAAAAGGGACUCGAACAACUUUAGAGGAAUGGAAAGCGACCCAAACAAGUUCAAAAAGUACAAUCAUCUGAAAGACAAUUUUCACCUGAAUAACAACCAAAUGCACUUCUACCCAAACGUGAAUCAUUUGAAAAAUAAAUCAGAGCUGUUUCUAACCCCCGAUGUUAAUGACAAGGUGUAUGCAAAUAAUAUAAUGUAUGAUGAUUAUUUUACUAUUGAAAAUAUGGAAACUUGUAAUGAAAAAAAGGAGUUUUUUAAGAAUGAGGGAUUACACAACAAAAUGAAGAAAGAAAAGUCGUUAGCAUUUCGCAUGCACACAAAAUUUGACACCAAGGAAUUAAUAACAAAUAGAAAAAAAUAUUUUCAUUUUGCAGAAAAUAGGGAUUUAAAUGCCAGCACAAACCAUAUGAAGAGCGAUUAUUACAAUGAAAGUAAUAUGAACGAGUUUUCCCUCGACAAUAUUUCUAGUCAAUAUAUUUUUGCCCCUAAGGACUAUGCACCUGGCAACAACUUGAAUAGGGAAGUUUUGGGCCUGGAUGGUCAUAUGGAAAAAGUGGAAUACGCUUCUUCCCUUUUAGAGGAAAGUGUAGGGGACCAAUAUUCUACACAAGGCGCCAAGUUACCAAAUGGUAUCAUUGUCGAACCCCCCCCCAUGCUGAUGUAUGACACUUGCAAUGGGCAUGCGUAUAGGCAGAAAAACGACUGUGCCGCUACGCAUGCGGAUUUUGGAAGUACUUCAGUGCACGGGAAUGUGAGAAGCACUACGGUGCAUACCGAUAACAACGGGCAGGAGGAAGAAAAUGAAAACACGAAUACCUUGGUGAAUACGUUUACAUUGAAAAGGGAACAAAAUUAUUACCAAAGUAGGAGUGAAAUGACUCUCGCAAAUGAGAUGAGCCAAACAAACAGCGUUAACAUGGCAGAUGUGAGCAGCGUUGUUUUUAACUCUAACAGCUGUAGCCUCAGUAAUGGGAACGGCAGGAGUAUGAACAAUAAUAGUAAUAUGAGUAGUAGCAUUUUUCCUGGCAAGGCGGUCAAGGGCUCCAAUACAAGCAUGUUGGGAACGUACGAUAUGGUUUCUCCGGAGGAUAGCAUCCGGAACGGCGUGUAUGGGGGGCACAUUAACGGUAGCCUUCACCAGCAGGGUGAAAAUAACGGGGUCGUUAACGGGGUCGUUAACGGGGUCGAUAAUGGGGUCGAUAACGGGAUCCAUAACGGGAUCAAUAACGGGAUACAUAACGGAAUCGAAAAGGAGAAUGAAGAGCCGGUCAUAAAAUUAUUCUUCGGAAACUUGGCCCCGAUUACCACGGAAAAGGAUAUGCAUAACCUCUUCAGCAAUUUUGGCAAGUGCGACUCCUUGAUCAUAUUAAAAGAUAGGAGGAGCAAGUCGAGGGGCUCGGGAUUCGUCACCUUUUAUAAUAUGCAGGAGGCAGUUAACGCAAUAAAGAGUUUAAAUAAUAAAAUUAUUUUGUCAGGGGCUCACAAACCACUCGAAGUUCGAUUCCCUGAGAAUAAGGAAGAGAAAAAACUGAGGACCAAACUGUUAAAUGCGGCAAAAUGGAAAGGCAAGAAAAUUGCCCCCAGUGGAUGUUUGCCAAUAAGUACGGAGGAUAUAUUAAAUCAGAACAGUUUGCAUGUGAAUAAUGGCCCAGGAGGGGGAGGGGGCAGCCCGGGUGGGAAUCAUCACCUCCCUUAUAUAAACCCGAUGGAGACACGCUCCUACUUUUUAACAGAAAAUCAGGGGGCUAUGUAUGACAAUAGGGAAAGCGUCAUCUAUGGUUGCACGGGUGGGGGUAUGCUGGACUGUGCAAACGUGAACAUGGUGGAGCGCGCGAGUGCGAACCAUUAUAAUACCUGUUCAGGAGACUUUUCUGAACUAAGAAAAGCAGCUAGCGAAGCAACCAACGAUACGGCACUGACAGAUUAUGUGAAUCGAGUAGAAGAAGGCAGCAACAUGUGCAGUAGUAGCCGAUACAACUCGUACAAAAAGGGGCAGGAAAAUUUGCCUGAUGAUAUGAACAAUAGGAGUUUGUCGAAGCAGAGGAAAAAGUACAGUAAGUUUCUACCCAAUUUUCUAUUAGAUAAUAAUGCCCCAGGGAAUUUAGCUUCGAAUUCGUUUCAAUCGCUUGAUGAGGCUUUCAGCAACAUUCGAAGAAGUUCCCUUGAUGUGGAUGUGGAGGAGGUAAACGUACGUUCGAAUGGAUUUGCGGCAGGGUUAGGGGUGAAUGGGGGGUUGGGUCACAGGGUGGUCCACGAAACAGUGCAUGAGAAGAUUCCUUGCCUGCGGAGCGAGUCCAGCACUGCGGGGGAGGACACCGCGUAUCAUCAUCAUCAUCAUCAUCAUAGCAUAAGUUCUGGGAGGAGUUUCCGCACGGGGGAUGUCCAGAAAGCAAGUGGUGCGAGGGGGAGUGAUUUCAGCGCAAAUGGGUUCGUCACCGAUGGCUACUUCGCGCGCGGCUUCCCUGCCAGCUUCAACUCCAGCGGGCAAGUCAUGGAUGAGGGGGACGAGGCCCAUUCGUACUUCUCCAGCUUUUGCCACGGCUUUCCAGUGCAAAGUAAAAUAAUGGAAGACCCAAACAACACCUUUUUCUCCUACCUGAACAAGGACAAAAUUUUGUCGAACCAUAACAAGGGAGAGGAAGAAGUCUAUCAGCACAAGAUGGACUUUUGUAAGAAGGGAGGAGAUUUCGCUGGAAUAAAUGAGUUGGAAGAAAUAAACCAUUUUCGUCAGUUGACUGAAUUGGAAGAGGUGAGUGAAGCAUAUGAACGAGGAAGGAGCGAAAAUGACAUGCGCAAUGUGUUGUUGCGUGGAUCAGAAGAAAUGGCAGAGGUAGGAAAGGAGGAGAAUUUGUUGAGCGAUAUUUAUGAAGGCAACAAAGUCAUGGCCUCUGCGCCCAUGAAUGAAGAGGGGUACAGUAACAUGAACGUGCAUUAUCUAGGGUUCGAUUUGUCCCGCCUGAUACAGAUAAAUGAAGACAUACUGUUGCCCCAGGGGGAGGAUGUGACGAAAACGAACAACCAGAACGACAACUCCAAUGUGGGUUCUACUAGCCACCAAGUGAUGGAAGAUAGCCAUGUAAAUGGAAAGGAAAUAAUGACAAGUGACUUCUACCAACACGGGACAAGGAGUAGCAGCAGCAGAGGUAGUAGUAGCAGUAGUAAUGAUGGUAACGACAUGUGUAAACUCAAUGUGGGGCACGCGCAUGGCACCAUGGAUCUACUAAAUGUUGACCUGAUUGGUAAUAAAGAUUUUGACCUGAAUGACAACUUAAGCGAUGAAAUGCUAGGAAAUUUAAUAAGCCUUUAUGCUCAAAAUAAAUCCUCCAUGAUCACUUCCCAUAUGUUUAGUUACUUGAAUAACGUCUUGUGCGAUGUAAACAGCGCCCUGGAUAUUUUUAACAAGUUCAGUGUGAAGACGCCGAUGAAGAAUAUUGCGGAGGAGGAGAGUCUUCCUGAGUGA